AUGACGCCGAGUUCCCCAGAUGAAGCUCUUCACUUCCGUGGCAAGACUCUGACUCCCGAGAGCCCCCGUCCGCUACACAUCGCGGAACCGGCCAAUAUCCCGGUGCUUCAGAAUCAAAUGGACCCCGUUUUCAACGAUACGUCGACCUACGAGACGUCGGAAUCCGCCGUUGGCAACGUCGCCCUGGUGCCUCGCUAUGAUGGAACUCCCCAGGCCCCUCAUGCAGGGUCCGCGCAUGCGAUGGAUAACGCGGCUGCCGUGAGGGGCUCGGAACGACCACCACAAACACAAGGUAGCUCUCACUCUGGCUCUUUUCCGACGAACAUUGGGACGGGCUCCUUUCCCUCCUUUACGGCCUCAUUUCCCCAGGCGUCACCUUCUGCAGACUACUCUGCUCCCUUCAUGGCCACUGCGACUCCAUCGGGUGUCCAGCCAUCCGCAGCAAACUCUUCUCUAACGACUUCUCGUCCAUCAGAUCCCGCCACCCUAGCUCACCCCGUCCCCGAUGUCCCUUCCUCUUCUUCCCACCCUCAGAGCACCCCUAUUGCGAACGAGGUAGACCCUGUCGUCGCCAGCUGGACGGCUGCGCCGCAGCAUCAUCAUCAUCGCCUAGACCCCCAGAACAGACCCGCUGAUAAUACUGGUGAGGAUGGUGUGGACUUCCAGAACCUCCUCGAUAAUCUCCCCCCUCCCUCUACUACCGCACCCCAUGUCCCUGCGGUGAUGGAGACGGCGCCCUCGUCUGCCAAUGACGCCACUGCAGUCCCUCAUGCAGCGUCUGACGAAGCCCUCCAGUCCUCCUUGGGCCUCCCUCCCCGCCCUCCACCCCAGGAGAAGCCCGCUAUCCACCCCAACUACUAUCCCAACGAUGAUAUACGUUCCUAUCAUCAACUUCCCCCUAAUACCCCCAAUACUCCCUCCACAUAUCCCACUCAGCAAAGUAAUUAUCAGUCCGGUCUAGGAGCCCCGUCGUUGGCGGCUGCUGGAGCCCCUGGAACCUCUUCCGGGGCCAGCGCGUUACCCCCUCCUCCGGUCCCUAGCUUCCAGCAAUCCCCUACCACCUCGACAGAUUCCCAGGAGCCGUCUGCCACGGCGGCCAAGAAUGCUCGUGCCGAUGGCAAGCAGAGUCGGCCACCUAAAGGUACCGACGAAGAUACUCCGUGGGGUCCGGAGGUGCAAAAGAAAUACGACGAGUUCCUUCACAAUGAGAGAAUAUACGUGACGGAAGGUCUCUGGGAUCGGUUCCCGUCGGGUUCUAGGCUAUUUGUUGGCAACCUACCAACCGAGCGAGUAACGAAAAGGGAUCUCUUCCAUAUAUUCCACAAGUACGGAAAACUAGCCCAGAUAUCGAUCAAGCAGGCCUACGGUUUCAUCCAGUUCCUCGAUUCCUCGGCCUGUAAAAAGGGACUGGAUGCAGAACAAGGCGCCGUCAUCCGAGGACGGAAAGUCCACCUUGAAAUUUCGAAGCCGCAACGGAACACACGACCCGGGCCACCCGUGGCGGAAUCAUCCCGCGCUCCUCCCCCUCGACGCUCAAGGUCGCCAGAAUUCAGCAGAAGCGGGCCUCCUCCUGCCAGUCGCAACCCGAGGCCGGCCGGGGACCGCUAUGAAAGACCUUAUGAGCCGGCGAGACUACCGUUCAGCGACUUUCGGGACGAGCCUACUCAUCGCCGCCGCGAUGAUUACCGGCCUCCUCGGUCUCCCUCGCCUCGUGGUUUCCGGGGCCGUGACGGCUACCGGUCUCGCGAUCGGACCCCAGAACGGUUCGAUAGACGGGAGAGACGGCGUUCCCGGUCGCCAUUCUCCAGAGAUCGCAGAUAUCGCAGUCUCAGCCCUCGCGCGCGCGCUUACGAUGGGGAUGCGGACUUGCCCGUGCCUCGACGAGCCCCGAGAGAUGUACCCGAAGUGCAGGUCCUGGUGCUGGAGGAAGUGGAUCGCAAUUUUAUCUUUCAGGUCGAAAAUGCCUUCCGCAACCGCGGCCUACGGGUCGACAUCCUGGUGCUCGGACCGCGAAUCCCUCUCAACGCCGCGGUGCAGCGACAGAUCUCAGAGGGUGUUCUCGCCGUGGUGAGGCUUUCGCGUCCUAAUCAAUUCUCGAGGAAAAUUCCGCUGCAGGUGUUCGACCGAAGUGGAGGCCCCGAGAACGUCCGCUUCAAUGAAUAUCCUGAUGUUGAACCAAGCAUUGCCGCCGAGAUUGUGUUCCACGCCCAGUCGGUGCAGCGUGGCGCUCCUCCAACACCCUUUCCUCCUAACCCGGCGGCUUUCGGGAUACCACCAAUGCCUCCUGCUCCGAUCCCACAGGCCCCAAUGCCCGCGCUCUCCAAUCCUCCGAACAUUGCAAACAUGAUCACCUCUUUGGACGGGCCCACUUUGCAAUCUCUUCUGGGUGCGCUUCAGCAGCGACCACCGGCCGUGCCCGCGGCGCAACAACCGCCUUUCCCAGCGGCGACGACUCCUCAGACUCCGGCCGACCUGGCCAGUCUUCUCAGCGCUGCCACUCGCCAGCCUGUGCCGGCGAAUCCGCAGCAACCCCUUCCUCCCCAACCAUUCCCCAUUCAACCGCCCAACCCACCGGUAGUGUCAGAUCCCAAUCUUCUCUCACUCCUCACCAAGGGCCUUGGGGGACAGCAAAACCAGAAUCAGGCUGCCGUCGGGCCCCAUGUACAAAACAUCAUGAAUCAACUGGGCAAGUGGAAGCAAUGA